AUGGCCAUGAGCGUUUCACUUUUCAGUUGGACAGCUUACACCACGCAACGAGGACGACUUGCAGCCAUCUUUGGUGGCAAGACACCCGACUUCAUAAUUGAUUUCGGCCCAUUUGCACACGUCCGCCACCCUGCCUACACCGCCUAUCUCUUGGGCUGGACUGGAGUUUUGGCUGCGCUUGCAGGCAGAAAUGAUGCUGGUUGGAGAGUGCCAGCUUUGGCUGUAUGUCUUGUAGGUAUUGUAGGCGUGUAUACCGCCGGCGCGAAGAUGGAGGAGCAGCAGAUGCUUUCGGGUGAGGAAAAUGAAGGAAAAGUCGAUCUCGGCAAGAAAUACAAGGAGUACAUGGGUAGAGUCAGAUAUCGAUUCCUUCCUGGUCUGAUCUGA